AUGAUGGACUCGUCAAGCAAAAGCUUAACUCAGUAUAUACCCUCACCCAUGGGAUCUCUAUCAAGGCUAAAGCAGAAGGGUGUGGACAAUUUUCAGAAGGUGAAAAAAUCCGGUAAAUCCAUCUAUAAUUACAACUACUCAAAAUUCGUUCCUCAUCCAUUUUCAACUAUUGAUGAAAGUGUUAAACACUCUGAAAGUGGGCGGUAUGAUGAUUUGGAGAUAAUUCGUCCAACAAAAGAAAAGGAAGUAACAAGUUCUGUGUACAAAAGAAACAGUGGCAAGUCUCUGAAUACAGAAUCUCAGUUUUCACUGGGAGAUUCAGAUGCAGCCACUUUGGUGAAUUCAGUCGCUACUUUCAAGCUUAACAAUGCUUCUACAUCCACUUCACUGGUGUCUUCAUCUUCAACUGUAUGUUCUCAAGCGAAGUCCUCGUUACGUUCCCCAACAAGUCGUCUCAAUGAUACAAAAAUCAAAGAGGAAAACAAUUAUAUUUCCAGCGUGAAAGACUAUUGCGGUCCAAUGAGAAAAUCCAUGGUAAAGACGGAAAUCCUCAUUGAAGAACCUUUGAAUCCUACUACCGAUAUCAAGUCUUUUAUAAACUCAUACAACCAUGGCAAAGCGUAUAGUCUAGGUGAAACUCAACAUUUACAUUAUUAUCAGUUGCCAUUCCCAUGGAGGGAAAACAGAUACAUAAUCCAUGGCUAUAGGUUUUACAAUACCCAUUCCAAAUCUUUGUUGUCUAUCUUUAACUGGUACGGCUGGCAUAAUGAAACUUCAAAUAUUUGGUCUCAUUUGUUAGGAGCCAUUUAUAUAAUCUACUUGGCAAUUUACGAUUUCCCUCAGUCUGAAGUUUGGCGGAAUUCCCAGGUUCCACCACAGGCUAGAUGGAUUGUUUUCAUGUUUUUGGCAGCUGCGUUGAAAUGUAUGCUAAGCUCCGUGUUUUGGCAUACUUUCAACGGAACGUCCUUCUUGAAGCUACGUUCUAAAUUUGCGUGUGUCGACUAUAGCGGUAUUACGAUCUUAAUUACAGCUUCGAUAUUGACAACGGAGUUUGUUACCAUGUAUUCAUGUUACUGGGCGAUGUACACUUACAUGAGUAUUUCUCUGGCGCUGGGUGUAUUUGGUGUGUUUAUGAAUUGGUCGCCUCGCUUUGAUAGACCUGAAGCAAGGCCAUUAAGAAUUAGAUUCUUCAUUUUGCUGGCUACUAUGGGUGUAUUGUCGUUUUUACAUUUGAUAUUUUUGACUGAUCUUCAUUAUGCUGCAACGCUAUUUAGCCCCGUCACAUACAAAUCUGUUGUUUGGUAUUUGGUUGGUGUGGUAUUUUACGGUUCGUUCAUUCCUGAACGGUUCAGAUCUGACGUUCAGGUUGAUAAGACCAUUCCAACAAACUACGAAUUAUCUACUGAUUUAGAAAUCAUCACAAAGCAAAGGGAAAUUCAUUUUAGAGAGGUGCCAACAGCCCAUUCCAAAUGCAGUUCCUGUCCGUCUCAUGCCAAAUCAUUUAAAUCUCUAUGGUGGGUUGACUAUUUUGGUUGUUCGCACACUUUUUGGCAUUUCUUCGUAGUGUUGGGUGUCAUCGGCCAUUAUAGAGCUAUUUUAGAUAUGUUUGCCAAGAGGUGGAUUUUGUCAUGA